UGGGUAUCGCGCUGCUGUGUUGGUGGCGAGCAGCGAGUGUAGGAGGAGAUUCGAUGUGGUGGGGGUCAUGGCUGCUAGUGUUGGCCGCGGCCGUCGCGGCCCUCGCGGCCCUGGCCUCCCCGGCGCUCGCCUCGCCAUGCUCCUUCAACUCCAUGUGCACUUGCAAGGACAAGGAGGUGGCGUGCGUCGGCGUGCCCUUUCAUCACUUACCGGAGCUGCCGCACGAGCCGCUGGAGCACCUGGACGUGGUGCGCGCCGGGCUGCCGUGGCUGGAGAACGACGCGCUGGGUGGCGUGCGCGUCGCCUCGCUGCGCCUCAUGAGCAACAGCCUCCAGCGGGUGGCGCCCAGGGCCUUCUCGUCGCUGGCGGACGACCUACGCUCGCUGGACCUGAGCUACAACCUACUGGACGAGGUGCCGCUGCACGCCAUGGAGCGACUGGUCAACCUGGACUGGUUCAACCUGCACGGGUAAGCAG